UUUUUGCUCGUGAUCUCGUCUCGGUCCGAACUCUAAAUGUUAAUUCUCUCGAAUGAUCAACUCUCUCCCGAUUUUUUAAUUUUUUUAAAUUUUUCCUUUCAUUUUCCUCCAUUUUUUCCGGUUGCCCAUUUGUUGAGAGAUCCUUUGAAAGUUGUUUCUCGUUUGGUCAUCCUCCAUGAGGAAGCUGAAGAUGGAAGUGCUAUGCCUGACUUGACAAAACCUGUUAGUGCAGUAUCUAGAGCGGUUGAUAAUUUAAUAAAGGUUGGCUAUGAAACCUGCAAUUCAUCAGAUGACAAAAUUCUCAAACAGGAAAUGCCUCCCGCAUUACAACGUGUGGAAGUUAGUUCUAGACUUUUAGAGGAAGCUUGUUAUUUACUUAAGUCUGAUCCAUAUUCAAGUGCAGCACGUAAAAAAUUGAUUGAUGGAGCUAGAGGGAUUUUACAAGGUUUUUUGGUGACUUUUAAAAUUUAUUUUAAAACAAUUUCUACAGGAACUUCUCAACUUUUGCUUUGUUUUGAUGAAUCCGAAGUCCGAAAAAUUGUUCGUAUUUGCCGAAAAGUUCUGGAUUAUCUGGCUGUUGCAGAAGUAAUCGAAUCUAUGGACGAUUUGAAUCAAUUUGUAAAGGAUAUAACCCCUUGGCUUACUCGAAUGGCUAAAGAUGUCGAUGCACGUUCAGCUGAAUUAACGCACCAAGUACACAGAGAAAUUCUUGUUCGAUGCACUGAUUCCGUUAAAAUUCUUUCACCAAUUUUGAUAUGUGCAAUGAAGAUCUACAUUCAAAUAAGCGAAGAAAGUCAAAAAGGACUUGGAGAAGCCGCCAGCAACCGUAACUAUCUUGGACAACGAAUGACUGAUGAAGUUAAUGAAAUUAUUCGAGUUCUUCAACUGACGGCUUAUGAUGAAGAUGAAUGGGACCAAGACAAUGUUACAGUAAUGAGAAAGGCACUUUCUGCAGCACAAUCGUUGUUAUCUGCUGCUUGUGAAUGGUUAUCUGAUCCCAAUGGACGUCCUGGAGCUGUUGGAGAAAAAGCUAUUAGACGUAUUUGUGAAUAUGCAGAAAAAAUUGCUGCUCGUUCCCUCCCAGAAGACCAAUUUACUAUUCGCCAAUUAGUCAAAGAAAUAACUAAUCUUACCGAUUCAAUUUGUGAAUUGCGACACCAGGGAAGAGACAACCAAUCAUAUGCCCAAAGUUGCGCUCAAAAAUUGCGUGAUUUGGUGGGCACAAAAGAAAGUCAAGGAAUGUUGCCUCAUGCAGUCUUUGGAGCCCAACGAACAGACACACAUCCAGCCCACACAACAGGAGGAAAAUUGGAACAGGCACAACGUUGGCUUGAUAAUCCUGGAAUUAAUGAUGGUGGAGCUGGUCUACAAGCGAUUCGAAGUUUACUUGAUGAAGCACGCCGACUUGCAAAUAAACUUCCUCCAAUUGAUCGUGAUCGUCUUCUCAAUGUUUGCGCUGAUGUGGAUAAAAUGUCCAAUCAAUUAUCUGAUUUGGAACGCCGUGGUCUAGGCAAUACUCCAGAAGCUAACAAUCUUCGUCAACAAUUGCGUGAGAAACUACGUGAAUUGGGCGAUUUAAUGAAACGAGUAUUGACUGAUAAAGUUGUGGAAGAUUUUGCAGAUAUUACAACACCAUUAAAAGCUUUUGUUGAAGCUGUUUAUGCUCCUAUGGAUCAACCUUACAGAGAAGAAAACUUUGAAAGUAAAGCAUCCAAUUUGAAAGAUUGUAGUGGUAGAAUGGCAAAUACUGGAUUAUUGGUAGCAAAAUGUGGGCCAUGUAAAAAUAAAAAGACUGUUGAAGGGUUGAUUGAUGCUUCUAAUAAGGUCAACCAAAUGACACCUCAAAUAAUCAGUGCCGGAAAGAUUCGUUUACACAAUAGCACAGAAAAUGCAGACCGUCACUUUGAAAAUUUGCGUAAAGAAUACGCCGAUGCAUUAAAUCGUCUUCGUGCAUAUGUUGACGAUGCUAUAGAUACUGGAGAAUUUGUUAAAGCAAGUGAAGGGGCAAUGAGACGAUAUACAAAUAAAUGUGAGGAUGCUAUAUCUACAAAUGCCCCACAAAAAAUGGUGGAUAAUACAAGUCAAAUAGCCCGUCUCGGUAAUCGUGUAUUAAUGUCAGCAAAAAAUGAAGCUGAUAAUUCUGAAGAUCCGCAAUUUGUUCGAAGAGUUAAUGAUGCUGCUUCGACUUUGCAUUCAGCAAUCCCUCCAAUGGUUAACCAAGCUAAACAAGUAGCUAUUAAUCCUCGUGAUCAAGCUAGUGCUUCUCGCUGGCGUGACACUAAUGAUCAUUUAUUAGAUUCGGUUCGUGGUGUUGGGGAUGCAAUUACUGGAUUGCCUUCACGUAGAGCUACACCACAACAACAAUAUGCGCCUCCACAACGAUUCGAAAAUAAUGUUCAUGCUCCACCUCCAUCACAUACUACUGCACCAUUAAAUUCAACUUAUCACCAGCAACAACAACAACAAAAGCCUCCACCACAAUGGCCUAGUGAGCAUAAUGUUUAUGAAAGUCCAAUGCGUGCACCAGGCGAACCAAUAGUUCAUAACAGGUUAAUUGUUCGUGAGGAAGUUCCUGCUCCGCCACGUCCACCUCCUCCUGUUGAGAUUAGUCCGGCACCAAGACCUCCACCACCACCAGAAUUAGAUGAAGAAGAAGAAACUCGUGCCUUUUGGGAACGUUAUCAUUUACCAGCUGCUCAAUAUCAACCAAUAUUAAGUGCAGCACAUAAUUUACAUCAAGAAUUACGUCAAUGGUCAUCACACGAAAAUGAUAUUGUUGCUGCUGCUAAAAGAAUGGCUAUUUUAAUGGCUCGACUUUCACAAUUAGUUAGAGGAGAAGGUGGAACAAAAAAAGAUUUGAUUGAUUGUGCUAAAGCUAUUGCUGAUUCUAGUGAAGAAGUUACACGUUUAGCUGUACAAUUGGCUAGGCAAUGUACUGAUAUUAAAAUGAGAACGACUUUACUUCAAAUUGCUGAGAGAAUUCCUACAAUUGCUACUCAACUUAAAAUUUUGGCGACCGUUAAGGCAACAAUGCUUGGUUCUCAAAUUACAAUUGGGCCAUAUGGAGAACCUGUCGAUGGAACAGAAGAAGAUGAAGAAGCUAUGGAGCAAUUAGUCUUAAACGCCCAAAAUUUAAUGCAGUCGGUUAAAGAUACAGUACGUGCUGCUGAAGCAGCUUCAAUAAAAAUUCGAACAAAUACUGGACUUCGGUUGCGUUGGAUAAGGAAACCAAUGUGGUCAAACUUUUAA